UCAGUAGCUUGUCCAUUCACACGCCGGAGUCGCCGCAGCCUGCCCAAAGCUAUCGCUACAGGAUAUUCGCCGCAAAACGGUGGGAACCAACCACGAUCCCCAGGUCAUCAAGACGUGUUGACUACCGGGAUAGAUGGCAUCCGCCAGGACGGUUGCGAGGCCGCACGCUGCCGAAAUGGCGGAUACCACCAGGUUGGUCACUUCUCCGACUGUCCCCAGUGGCAUCACUACCCGGAAGAUGACCGCGUUGAAUAUGCCGAGGAGAAUGAGGGUCAUGCCCAGGCGCAUAUUGAUCCCCCGCCGCGUUUUUUGCAUAGCCUGACACACAGCAUGAUCGAGUGGCUGCCUACAGCUUCUCCUCCUGGCUGCCGAGUACCUGGCGAUACGGAAGAUCGGCCAU